AUGACGGAGUUUUCACCUUUUCUCUCAUGGCGUAUAGCGACGAAGCACAUACUACGCCGGUUUCCAACCCUGUUGCUCUGGAUGUAGAGAUUUUCUUCAAAGCUUACUUCGAGACUCAAAGCAGCGCCCCCAACCUUGACUUGUAUCCUGUGCGAUGCUAUUCAUCAGAAAGCAAUGAUCCAGAUGAUACUGGUGCUAACUUUACUCUUAUAAGCAACGGGUAAGAAUUUCUGUGAUAAAAAUUUGCCCGCUAAACAUGACCAAUAUGUAAUUACGACAACAAUGAUAAUAACAAUCAAUAUUAAUUUCAUAAAAUUUUAGACAGAGCAGGACCCACCUCAUCGAAGAGCUCCUCAGUGAGGUCCAGCACCUCAAGAAAAGGAAAUGUAAAAAUAUUUGACGAGGUUAAAAAUGAAAAUCAUUUAGAAAGAUGUGGAUUUGAAUAUGGUGGCAUAUAUGCAUACAAAUGUACAAAUGAACCACAUCCAAAAUUCGAAUUUUAACCGUGAUUUAUGAGGUAGUCGCAUCACAGCUCAGUUUAUUCCAAUAAUUAAUCAAUACUUCUGUGUGUGAACUGUCCUUUAACCCAAUUCGUGUUGAAUUGUCUGGUAUCAUUAUUACUCCCUGUGGUUCUUAAUCUAAGUAAAAGAUGGCCGCCAGUGUAGACCCCAGAUAGAGUGACACUUAUCUUAAUUAAAAAGAAUUUUGCCAGAGUAUCUGUGAGAUAUUUUCAGACUACUGAUCAAACAUGAGUGAGUAACACUGUUUAUUUCUAUAAGAAAUAAAGUUCCCCUUAAAUAAAGAAAUCCAUUCACAAUUUUUUUCAAGUUUCUCGCUAAUAAAUGGCAAGCCUUCCAAAACUCUUGUUAUAACCUACCAUUGUAGUUUUCGUAGGAAGCUAUUCUUGAAUUGUAUGCUGUAUGCCUGGUAUCAACUCAGUGAAGAACAUACAGCCGAUGCUAUGGAUUUACCUGGAUCUUGUCCAUUUAGGAUAAAAUUUGUUACCUCAAAGAGUAAGAGGAAUUUUGCUUACGUUACUUAGUUAUAUGAUUUUUUAUCAUUUCAUCAUAGUUGUGGCAGCGAUUCUGUCAGCCAAGACCUCGACGACACAUUGUCAUACAAUUGUACCGUCGACAGCAAAUAUGAAAUAUUCUCACUCAAAACCUAUCGGUAUUUUGGGGCAGAAGCAGGAGACGAAGUUUACAUCCACUGCGAUUUCAGAAUUUGCUUGGCAGAUGUAGACAAUACCAAAUGUGAAUGUCCAGAUGAUGCUGCCGCUUGCGUAGGUGAUCCUUCCGUUGAUGUUACACCGGUGGGGCGUAGACGUCGUUCAAUCUCUGAUUCGGUGGAUGAGUCACAGCUUUAUCGUGUUGUCUACGGUCCAUUCACCUUUCAGCAGGAAGAACUGAACAAAGAUGAAGGUAAAUGAUAAUUCACACUCCUUUUGGCCAUAGGACGGGAAUUUUGUUAGGUGCUUUCCACAUUCUCUGCUAACCAAGACUGGUUUUCCAUGAUAAUUGACCAAGUUACAAAAAAAGGCCGCACGGGGCAACUUGUAGAACCUAUAGAAACGGAACGAAAUGUAAUAUCAUAUAUCGUAAUGAUGACUAUAGAAAAUUAACGAAGGCUGAAUAAGAACCUCUAGAAAGACUGUAGAAAUUUUCUUAGUAUCUCUGCCUUUAUUGAUAGACAUGAAAGGUUUAACAUUAUAAUCUACUUACGCCCCCGAUGGUUUAGUUCAAUGAUUAAACCUGGAAUCUAUUUGCUUCAUUUCAGUUGCACCUAAAGACCAAAAGAAGACCCACCAGCCUUCCCAGACUGUACCAAUUGUUGGGGCAGUAUGUGGUGUUGUGGCUGUAGCUGUCAUCUGCGCCACUGUUUACCUUGUCAUUCGCUAUCGCACCAAGCGCACGCAAAAUGGAGAUCUGCACGUGGUCACCUAAACUCCAAACACAAAUAAAUUGUGUUGUGCAAACGCACGAAUAUUAUGUUUUUUAAUCCAAUGUCCAUUUGAAUGGUGUGACAUAUGAAGCAACUCGAUAGGGUUAAGUUGAGUUGUGGAUGUUGAUUAAGACAUAAAAUUUUUUUCUUUUUUUUCAAACGAAUAAAUGAUUAAUCGGCUUUUUUCUUCAGAUGAUGGUAGGAAUCAGAAACAGUUUUCAAAGUUAAUCGAAUUAAUGUCUUGACUUUAGUGCCAAGGUUGAUUUCAUAAGCUAUAACAAGGAAGUCGUUGUACUCCUAUAUAUGCCUGUCACACUUAUGUGCGCGAUCCAGAUUAACAACCAAUUUUAAUCUCUAAUUGUUUCAACACCUUAUAAACUUGCACACAAGCCUUAUAGACAGCGUUAAGUUCACACACAAUUUCAGACAUUGUGAGGAAAUUUAUUACGUAUGACAAACUUUACACUCUAUAUGCAGCAAAGCAACGGCAGCGUUGUGAUUUUGCUUACGUUUAUAUGAUAUCUAACCGAAUGCUAGCCAUAGUAAAUAUACCCAAGUGGCAUGCGGGCCUAGUUGCUUUCCCGUUAAACUGGCUCAAGCCUUGUAAGAGGCACCAGUACCGGUCUAAUUUUUUACAAUUUUAGGAAUUUUGAGCAGCAUCUAAAUAAAAUAUAGGCGCC